ACUGGGGGGCCCCCAAAUAGUCUGCCAACACUUGGCCAAACUACAUGGCGUAAAGAAAAGUCUUCGACGGUUUUGGGAUUUCUCGAAUGACAAAAACCGAUGGACUCGUUGCCCGAACACUGCGUCUCUGCGAUUCUCGCCCUCGCAUCCCCUGAAGACGCAUGCAGGCUCGCCCUGGUGUCGCGCACGUUCCGAUCAGCCGCUCAGUCCGACGUCGUCUGGGAUGGCUUCUUGCCGCCCAACUGUGACGCGUUGCUCGCGAGGCUGGUGAGGCCCCUCAAGUUCGGUUCCAAGAAGGAGCUCUUCCUCAGCUUGUGCCGACCUCAGCUCAUCGAUGCCGGAAGAAAGGGCUUCAAGUUGAAGAGAUCAUCGGGGAAGAUAUCGUAUGUGCUGUCGGCAAGAGAGCUUUCCAUAGCGUGGAGCGAUGUACCCAUGUAUUGGACCUGGAAAUUUGCGCCCGCAUCAAGAUUUCGGGAAGUGGCGGAGCUCAUAACAACAGAUUGGCUAGCGAUCGAAGGCCAAAUGCCCACAGCAAUGCUAUCCCCAAACACUCUCUAUGAAGCCUAUCUCAUCAUGAAGAUCUCUCACCGUGCAUAUGGGCUAGAUGUCAUGCCAUCACAAGUAUCCGUUGAGUUGAAAAACCAGGUAGUCUUCACAAGCACAUCAAUUCUGCAGCAAAACCAUCGAGAAAAUAGAGACCAGCAAAGACCGGGGGUUGAAGGUGAAGAGAAAGUCCCGAUAGAAAGAGAAGACGGGUGGAUGGAGGUUGAGCUUGGAGAGUUCUUCAACGGCGCAGGUGGCGGCGAUCAUGACGAGGUGGUGAAGGUGAGCUUCAAGGAGGUGCAGGGAUAUCAACUGAAGGGAGGGCUUGUCAUUGAAGGCAUUGAAGUGAGGCCUAAAAGAAUUGCGUGAAGAGAUCAUCGAUCAUCGGGGUUCUUGUUCAUCGUAUAUUUGGUAUUUUCUAAAAAAAUUCUGAUUAUUUUAUUGUUCAUUUCUCAUGGUAAUUAAAUGUCAUAUAAGAUGGGAAU